AGGUGUUAUGGAGAAACCAAAGACGAGGUGGUGUUUGCCUAACGUCUAUCUAAACGACACAUUGCUUGGUUAGGGUUAGGAUUCGGCUUCUCCUUCUCUUCCAUAUCAUUUCUCGGCAUUAUCUCCAUCGCUCUUAUUCAGUAGGAAGAGUUCAUCUCUUGUUUCUGUUAUUUCCUGUAAUUUGAUUUUAAAAUAUUCAUGACGUGAGAAUGGCGGGUGGAGAAAGUUCAGAAGAUGGCGGUGCACAUGCAGAGCCUCCUGAUCCUGAUAUUCUUGAGGUUGAUCCAACUUCUCGAUACAUAAGGUACAAAGAAGUGCUUGGGAAAGGUGCUUUCAAGACAGUUUACAGGGCAUUUGAUGAAGUUAAAGGUAUUGAAGUAGCAUGGAACCAAGUUCGGAUUGAUGAGGUGUUACAGAAGCCAGAAGACUUGGAGAGACUCUACUCUGAAGUGCGUCUGUUGAAAUCAUUGAAGCAUAGUAAUAUUAUAAGCUUUUACAAUUCAUGGAUUGAUGAUAAGAACAAGACUGUCAAUAUAAUAACCGAGUUGUUUUCCUCAGGAAGCCUGAGACAGUAUUGUAAGAAGCACAAGAAAGUUGAUAUGAGGGCUGUAAAGGGUUGGGCAAGACAGAUCUUAAUGGGCCUAAAUUACUUGCACAGUCAUGAUCCACCAAUCAUGCAUAGAGAUCUAAAGUGUGACAACAUAUUUAUUAAUGGAAACCAAGGUGAAGUGAAAAUUGGAGAUCUUGGGUUGGCAACGGUUAUGGAGCAGCCUACUGCCCAAAGUGUGAUUGGAACCCCUGAAUUUAUGGCACCUGAGUUAUAUGACGAGAAUUACAAUGAAUUGGCUGAUAUAUAUUCCUUUGGAAUGUGCAUGCUAGAAAUGGUGACUUUUGAAUAUCCUUACAGUGAAUGUAGAAACUCUGCUCAGAUAUAUAAGAAGGUUUCAGCUGGUAUAAAGCCCGCUGGCCUCUCUAAGGUUAAAGAUCAAGAGAUGAAACUUUUUAUUGAGAAGUGUUUAGUACCAGCUGUUCAGCGAUUGUCAGCUAAGGAGCUUCUCAUGGACCCCUUUCUCCAAGUGAAUGGAUCCACAAAGAGUCAUCCUUUUCCACUUCCUGAUAUUGUUAUGCCCAAAACUGGGGCUUUUGGAGAUCGAUGUCUAAUGUCAGAAGCACCUGUUGGUGCCAGCAGGCCAUCAGCCAUUGAUCUUGAAAAUGAUGAUGAGCUGCACAUUAUCAGUUCAUUUGAUAAUCCUGUUGAUGGGGCCUCCCAUCCAUCCUGCAUAGAGGUUCAAAGGACAAACAGAGGCAAUAUUUUCUCCUUGAAAGGCGAGGAAAGUGAUGAAAAUUCUAUAUCAUUAAUUCUUCGAAUAACAGAUCAGAAUGGUCGUGUAAGAAAUAUUCACUUCUUGUUCUAUCUUGAAAGUGAUACUGCACUCUCAGUUUCAAGAGAAAUGGUUGAGACACUGGAACUAGCAGAUCAGAGAGUCAUGUUCAUAGCAGAGUUGAUUGAUAUGUUAUUAUUGAACCUUAUACCCAGUUGGAAGCCUUGUGUUCCCAUUGAUUAUUUGGUUCCUUCAAAGAGAAUACAAGCCACAAGAGGCUGUCAGAAGAACUCACUGCCAGUUAAAUAUGGAGAGACUUCAGGAUCUUUCCGGCAAUCUUGUGACACUUUAAAUACUUCAAAUGACAAAAUGAGUGAGGAGAAUAGUCUUUUUUGUGGAUCUUUUCAACCAGCAAAGCAAGGAUCAAAUUCUUUGAAGCUAGAUGGAAGAGUAUAUCAUGCCAAAUUGGGCCUUCGGAACACAAACAUGGUAGAGGACCGAGGUUCUGGUAGGUCAUAUGUUUCAGCAACAUCCAUUGCUUCAUUCAAAUCUGCUGACUCUAGACCAAUGGAUUCUGAUGGAUAUGCAACAAGAACGAGAAGUAGCAUGAAUGAAUCCUUUUCCAUGUCCUUAACGGACUUAUCUAUUGAUGAGAGGAACAAGGGCAUGAAUCCAAGCAGUGUUCCUCCUUUGCCUAACCGAGAUGAAGAUGAGGAGUUAAGAUUGGAGCUCAAAAUGAUUGAUUUGCAGUAUCAGGAAGCAAUAAAAGAAAUAUCCAAGAGAAGACAUGAAUCUAUUAUGGAGGCAAAAAGGAGACAUUCUCAGAAAAAGAUGUUGUUAGUACAUCCCUCCCCCCUUCUCUGAUUUAAUUUCAUUUCUUUUUCUUGUAAAUGUCUCUUUACCUUUUAAGUGUAGAUAUUGGUGUAGAUAUUAUAUUGUAGAAGCAGAAAGUAUUUUCCCCUUUGAAAGUUGGGAGGUAUUGAGCAAAAGGCAAAUGUAAUGGAAUUUCUCUUAUCCAGGAAAAAGACCGAUAAAGUUUUGAGCUCUUC